ACCACUCGCUGCAGAGCAUGUGAAUCGUUCAUUCACGACCAUUGAUUGAACAUUCUUUUAAGAUAUGACAGCAACCCAAAGCUAAAGCUUUCCUUCCUAGUUCCUAAUUUAAGAAGAGAACAGUAGAUAGAUCACACCUCCGUCUCUCCUCCUUUAUUGGUCUCGCAAGAUCGCCAUGUUAAUGCGGUGCUUGACGAACAAAUCAACAACUGUAUUAGAUCCCUCUGUCGUAAACACCCCUCGCCGAUCUCAGUCUGCCGUUAAUCUCAGUCAAGAAUUCUCUCAGGCAGUCGAUACCAACCCUUACAAAGAUAAAUGGACCCAGAGUCACAACUUUCAAGAGGCGGCGCCGCCGGUAUCGGCGGUUGUGGUGGUGGAGGCGGAGGCUGUGUCAGCACAGCUUCUCAGUCCAAACAAUGCUUCAGUCGAGGAAGUCCUUAGUAGAACCAGACCCAACAACCUAACCCCUUUAGUUUCUGAUUACUUCAAGAACAGCGAACACACUUAUAGAAUCUGUAGUCUCUUGCAAAAUACCAUCAACGACGCUCGAUCUCUCUACGAAGCCCUACAUGGAUUCCUUGAAAACCUCCCUCUCGAUUUUGAGUCUGAUACUUCCUUAUUCUCCCAAUCUCAGUGCGAUUCGGCUUACGAUGUCUUCCUUAAAUUCGAUGGCAUCAGCAAUCCUUUUCCUCAGCCGGGUUCUGAUAAUUUUCUCAACAAGAGACGUUGCUUCUCUGAGCUGAAGCUUCAGCUCGAUCACCAAGUUCAGAAAUCGCGUAGAAGGAACCAACUAAUUCGCAAGAAAGAGGUCAACCGUAUAGCCCAGCUUGAGGCUGCGUCUAGAGGGACUUUUUACCUCAUUCAUGAUCUCAACACUAUUGAUCGUCUUGUGGCUAGGUUGUAUGAUGCGGUGGAGAGUGAUAAGUUUUUGGUUCGAUUUGGAUUGCAGAGAGGAAGGGAUAGGUACCCAAUUCAAGCGAUUCUUAAGCAGUUACGGAAGAGCCAACCCAAUUUGAAACACCAGCUCAAGGACCUUGAGGAUCAUGUUUGCCUAUGCUUUGGGAGUGUUAACCAGGCAAGGUCUCUGUUGCUGCGAGAGAUCCAUCAUCAACAAACUCCUAGAACCCGGCGAACUCACACGAUAUAGUUCUGAUUUUUGGAUUCAGGAUCCUAAUUCAAUGGAUUUAGGUAUAGAUGUAUUUCUCCAUUCAGGUAUUUUUACGAACACCUGGACAUCAGAAGGGCUGUUUCUUCCCAUUUUUUCCGGAUCUGUUAUUGUGCGCAUAGUUAAAUUUAUCAAAUUUCUAUCGUUUAUUUUGUCUUCUGCUCAGUUGGGUGUUUUAUUGUGGUACAUAGACUCAUAGAGCUUUGCGAAGUGCUUGUUGGAUUGAAGCUUUGAGAAAGGAUUUACUCAUGAGGUGGAACAGUGUCUACAAACAGCUACCAUUGUGUCUGUACCGUUGUCAACAUUAAUCAUCACUUCUAGAUACCAAUUAGUUGUGCACCAUGGGCUGUAUGUUUACAGCCUUCUAAGUAACGGGAGUUGCAGAGAGGGAAAGCACAUUUCUGAUAUAUAUUCCAUUUCCAUUCGAAGACCAUAGAAAACCAAAAGCUUUCUCAGGUAUGUGCACUUUCUUUUUACCAGUGGUAAAUUUUUUCCAGAACUAAUAAAUUUUUAUAUUUGAAAACAAUUGUAUUCCACAUUCUCAUCAAAGGCAAGGAAUGGAAUCUGGCCUACCGAGUGGUCAUCUUACCACAUAGUUUGCAAUACUUGAUAUCAUGAUUUCGUAAAAAGGGGAAAAGAAAAAAUAACAUAAGGAAGAUAUGAAGGUGAGCUGAUAUUUAAAUAGCCAUGUACUAAAUGUUUGCGGUAACAACCUAUCAAUUAAAGAAAGUAAAUUGGGGGUAACAAAAAAGAACUAUAAAGAGCUUGAAAGAAAUAAGCAGCAUUUAUUUGUUGGUUGCAACUCUCAUCGCCAGUCACAUUUGCAGCUGGUUUUACAGUGCCUGGUGUGUAUAAUUACAACACUGGUCCAACUGUCCAAGCCAGGAAAUGGCGAUUUCAAUACCCAAAGUAGCUAUCAAGGCAUUCGUGAUAUCAAAGGCUAUUGCAUUCUGUUGCUUGACAGUAUCAGUAUUUAUACAUUUCUUUGCGUCCCUUGGUGAGAAUAAUUAAGCAUAGAAGCCACCAUUUCUUUGUAAUUAACUUUGCUGCAAGAAUGACUUACAUGGCUAUCUUAGGGGUGGUAGUAGCAUUUCUUUCAGGGACUUAUGGUGCAUUUGCGCAUUCUCCAGGGCUUUCUAUCAGUGAUUUUAUAAUAGGAAGCUGCUUUUUCUUAACGUUUUAUAUUUUUCAUUUCAA